GUGCAGAGAAGGAAGGGACCUUGUCUGGAGAACCCCAAAGACUGUCUCCUAAGGUGUCGGUCCUGAAUACUUCCACAUCAGGACACCUUGGCAUCUCUACGGGGUCUGCACCACCUAUUGUCACCAUUGCACCAAAUCACUCCCAUGUUACAACCAGUGAGGCCGAGCGUGGAGCGAGCGUCAAUGAGGAAUUGGUGAGAGGUUUCCAACCUUACCGUGCCCCUGAUGUUCAGGCUACACCUCCAGCCACACCCGGAGCAUCUCUCCGACCCCCCAUACCUCCUCUAGAUCUCCCUCACUCAUACCCUGCAUACCAUCCUUCAUUAUAUCCUCACCAUUUGGCUCAUCAGUACAGACUGGAGGAGCAGUUGUACCUAGAACGUUACGGGUUACUUCGACCACCAUUGAGUCCCUACAGUGUUGGAGGUCUUUCUGGGAUGUAUCCAGGUGCAGCCAGCUCUCCUUACCUGUCUUCAAGGUUCCCACCUGACCUGCUGCCUACCUCCCUGGCCGCUCUUCAUCCAUCCUCUGCACUACUUCAUGAAAGGUUAAAACUGGAGGAGGACAUGCGGCAACGGGAAUAUGAACUGGAACUCAGGCGAGAGAGAGAACUGGAAAGAGAAAGAGAACGAGAAAGAGAAAGAGAAAGAGAUCGUGAAAGAGAGAGAGAAAAAGAACGAGAGAGAGAAAGAGAGAAGGAAAGAGAGAGGGAGAGAGAACGCGACAAGGAGAAAGAGCGAGAGAGAGAAAGAGCACGAGAAAAGGAACGAGAGAGACAACGACAGCGAGAACAUCAUGACCCUGAACGAAACAAGGAAGAGCGGAGUCAGAGCCACGAAAGAAGUCGAGAUCGAAGUCCUAUAACUCAGAGUGUUGGUUGUAGUGCUGGCCUGCCAAUAACCACACUCAGCACUAGCAGUGUUACCGUCACUAGCAACUGCCACAACCGCAAAAAUCAACCCAUUGGUGUUGCAACUCAACAAAUGGCACAACCCCUAAAUAUCCGGAGCCCAGUAACAUUCAGACCCAUCAGUGAUGUGACGUUCUUGGGACAUGUUCAUGCUCAGGCUCAGAUGCAAUCCAAAACUCUGACCCAGGCCAUUGGUACUAGAGAAGACUUGUUUACACACAAACUGGAAAUGUCCAAAGAUACUAAUCGUUCUUUGGGAAAACCUCGUACACCAGCUAUUGUCAGGCCAUUUGAGUCGACACCCAGUGAGUCUGUUCAGACACCUCAAAUUACAAAAAAUAACAGUGUACCUCAAACAGUGAAAAAUAGUGAAAGUGUAGCAAGUCAACAGACCAGAGUUAUUGUGGGAAAUGGAGAACUCAUCCCUGCAUGUGACAUUAAGAAAGAAGUUGUUGAACCACGAGUUUGGCAACCAGUGCAGCUGGACAAGACUUGCUGUAGUCCUGUACCUGUUGUGUCCAGUAACAGUGUACCCACAACCAUUCCCAACCACAUGUUACCUUCACCCACAUCUAUUAAACCUCCCCCAACACCUUCUCCCCCCCCACCACCACCUCCACCACCUCCACCACCUCCACCACCACCACCACCACCACCAGAGACUUCAGUUAGUCGCUUAGACAUAGAAGAACGUCGAUUAAAAGAGUUAAGAGAGGCGGGGUUAGAGGUCGAGGAAGCAGAAGAAGUAUUGCAGGAGGAGGCAAUGGCCCAACCCCGAGCUCUCACGUUGGUCUGCACAAAGGGUCCCCCAGCUCCACUUGAUGCAUCAAAAGAGAAAAUGACAUUCUUAAACACAGUGGGUUUGACAACCCAUGCCCAUGCACAAGAGGCAGAACUGACCCAGUGUGAGCGGCGAGCACAUGUAUUAAGUGCUCUAGAACCAUCUUCUAUUCCAUCAUCCCCCAAACACACUGAAUCUAUUUCGGAAGACCUAGUACAGUUGUUGGCCCCUGGCCACACUUUACCGCCUGUGAUAACUACCCCUGAGGAGUUGUGUCUUGGUCACGAAUAUCCUCACAAGGCUCGCUUCCUUCACCACCUUGGGUUACAACCUCAGCAUUCUCUUCACCGCCAACAUGAAGUAGAAGCAAUAUGGCAACUGGUUGUUCAGGAAAGACUACGCCGUUAUCGCCAGGAGAGCUCAGACCCACUUGCUGUGUGUGUAUGUGAGGCCCUAGAGCAGUUGCUGGCAGCCAAUAUCAACCACCAACCUCCACCACCUCCCAAUAACUCACUCUCAGUCCCCUUGCUCAAGGUAGCCUCAACAACACAAACUCCUGUCACUUCAGUUUCCCGGCCUCCGAUCACUGUUGCCACCACAGCUACCGCCACCACUGCAGUUGGCACUAUGACCUCUACUAUCACCACUUCCCUCGCUACCUCCAUGCCUGUGACUGCCAGCACCACUGCCACCACUACUACAGUACCAUCCACUACAACAAUGUCAACAUCUACCACAAUGAUGACAACUGCAACAGUCGCAACUACCACAUCAAUGAUGCCAACCACCACACCAUUCAUGCCAAACACCACACCUGUGAUGCCAACCACCACACCUGUGAUGGCAACAACCACACCUGUGACUGUAGCAUCAACUGGUCAUAACACCAUUACCACCAGUUUAAAUACAAAAGUGGUGAUGAGUAGAGGAGGCACCAAAGCACCAAUGAAAGACACGAUCAUCAUGUCUUCAUUACCACCGGAAGAAGACCCACUGUUGGCAGGACUCCAGGGGGUUGAUACUGUUAUUGAACAUUUCAUAAAAAAUGCCCAAGCUCAAGGAGGCAGUAACAACUCAGCACUUCUAGAACAUAUAGAGGAAGUGAGGAGGAGUCAGGUGGCUGUAUGUCAGACUGCUCAGCUUGUGCAAGAACAGGUGGCCCAGCUUGUGGCAUCCCGUGCACAGUUGGAAGCUCACCGAUCAACCCUACACCACCAUCUGGCAGCAAUUACAUCCCUUAUAGCCAGUAGUACUAAUCAUUCUUCCACUGCCCCCACCACCACAGCUGCCUCCACCACAAUUGGAAGUUCUCACACCACCAUAUCUAAUGGUACACCAACCUCUGUGGGAGCUGCUGUAGCAACUUCUCAAAUGGGUGUAAAUACUGGUACAUACACAUUGGCUACUGGUAAUUGUGUAACUAGUACAGCCACCACUGCCACCAGCACCACCCCAGGUCUCUGCCAUCCCAUCCCUCUCACCACCACUGCACCAAAUCUUGCGACCAGUCACCCCGUUGCCUCCGUUAUCAAUAGGAGUUUGCAGUCACUCGUGCCAGCUGCUUCUGUCAUGUCUUGGGCUGGUUUGGCUUCUCCCUUUCUUGGUAGUACAAAUAUUGCUCUCUCUUUGGAGGGUAAAGAUGGAGUGUAUUAUUCUCAUUUAACCACAAAGGAUAAUGGGAAAGAUAUAAAAACUGCAGUAUCUAGUGCAAACACCUCAAAACCAAACAACAGAAUAUCUGUACCCCAUGGGAAUAACAAAACUUCCUCCAGUAGUCGCCACAGUUCUAGCAAGAGCCACAAACAUGCUUCAGUUGAAACAACUAAUUGUUCUUCAGUAAAAUAUAAUGGAAUACCAACAAACCUCCCCAAGCAUAUUUUCAAACCUCUUCAACUUAGUGGGCCAAACACCAAUUCCCCUACAAAUACAAAAAAAUCCUCCAAAACAGUAACUUAUUCUCAGCCUUCUAACAUAACAGGACUUCCACAACCCUCUGUAGCUCUUGUAGCUCCAACCACAACAGUAACGAGCCAAAAUGGGUUGGUACCACUCCCGAUCAUUCACAAUUCUGUCAGCAAAAAUGGUAGAACCAACAAACCCCAAAUUGGCUACACUCCAUAUUCAAAAACUUCUCCCACCAAAGUAACACAAUCUUGGAUAUCAAAUUGAAAGUAAAGUCUUGUAUUAUAUCUAGAUCUCUAUCAAUACGUAGAUUAAAACCACUUUCCAUCACAGAUAUCCUUUACAGACAUAAAUAGAACCUUGUGAAUUUUUGCUUGAGAUGGUUUCUCAUACAGUAUUCCAUGUUAUAGCUCUGCCAAAGAAUUUAUCCUCAUGAUGCAAGAAAUCCAGCUGCUAGUGUGAGGUGGAUGCUUGUGAUGGUUGUAGCAUAAUGUAAGAGAUCUCACUAGUCAGGUAUAUUCAUUUUAUAGACCACAUGGAGAUCUUAGGAGUGAGGCAAUAUUUUCUACAAACGUUCGAGACAAUUCUCUGAUAGCCAGUCACUCAUGUGGGACUCCCAAAACAACACCUACAAAGAAAAAAGUGAAAGAAUAUUGUAAAACAUUUCAAAUAAGACCUUUGAUUUUAGUGGGUUAGGAAUGUAACACAAUUGUUAAGGAACUUUUCAUCAAAAAAGACAAAAAGAUUUCUUUGAUGACAAUGGAAAGACAGAUUCAAUAGUCAACCAACAUCUGUUCAUCAGCCAAUGCUAUUUCUAGAUCUAACAUGUCCUUGAUGAAUAAAAAAGAAUUACCUUAUAAUAUUCUGUCCUAAUUGCUCUGAAUUUCACUUACUCUCGUGUCACACAUGACUACCAACCAUUGAUAACUUUAAACUAACACCACCUGGGAACUUUACGACUUUUAUUUACAUGAAAUUAAUUUUUUAUUCAGUCUUAAAAUAUCAGGAGAAUAUUAUUACUGUAUUUAUCACCAUCAAAAGGAAAAGGCUGUCACAAAGUAAAGAUUUCUUUUUAUACUGCUAAGUAUAGAUGAUUAUUGGUACUGUACUACAAAUGUAAAAUCACCUUAUUGUUAAUGAUGAGUAGAAUGAACAGUUGUUGAUCAGUUGGCUUCUGUCACCCAUGGAAACUACACUAAGGAGAAAGUGAUCUUUCUUCUACUGAUGGUUCUUUUAAUUAGCUGUGGUUAUGUUGCAGCUGACUUGAAGGUCUGGCACAUUCUUUCACUUUAUCCCUCAAAUAUUAAUGUUUUAUAUCUAUCAUAGUUUAUCCUGUUAUCUUUUUUCUUUUCCUUAAGCUUUCCACUUGUAUACUGGCUAAGGCAAACCUUAUUCUAUUCAUACAUAGUUAUUUAUCGUAAACUAUUGGUAACAUCUUCACUCUUGUGACAGCCAAACCUACAAGCAGGAAUCUUAUUUAGAUGUUUCAAGCAUUGGCAUUGGUUUUUCUUACUUAACAGAGCAGAGACGGUUAGUAGCACAAAUGUUCGAGUAAGUUUCUGCCUGCACGGCUCUGCUCUGUUUGUAGAAAAAGGCCAUGUGAUGAUAGAUGCCUAGAACUGAUAGUAAAGGAGGCUUAUUAUUAUUUAUUACAAUUCAUUUGUAAAUCAGGAUAGGACAGAUUCAAGAAAUGGCUUAUGCCAUAUAAAAGUGCAAAUCAUCAAAUGGACAGGAAUGAUUUCAGUACUCUAUGGAUAUCCGACUUAGGUCUGUUGCCUCUAAAAAGCUGCUGGAGAAAAGUUUUCAUGCAUGAACCAAUUAUUGUGCUAUUCCAGUGGAGGUUUGUGUUAUGCAAGACCCUGGUGAGUGUGAAUGAUGUGUGCCUAUCAUGAGUCAUGUUUUCUGUAUUAUGAGUCAUCCCAUUUUCUGUAUCUCCUAUGGAAGUACUGUGAUGUCUGAGUCAGUGGGUUGAAUGUCAAGAUGGCAGCCUGAUAUAUGCUAUAAUGAAUUCAGAUAUGGAUGCCAAAUUGCUGCCAUCACAAUUGUACUGACAGACCAACUAUAUCACAUUUGUAUUUAUAAACCAAAUAAAAAUGAAACACAA